UGUCCUAGGGAGCAGCAGUGCUAACUAGGGUGGGGACACUCGCUCAGCUAAAUAGUUAAGCUGCUGCUUAGUUACUGGGAGCUCAGAUUAUACUAGCUGGCAGAGCGGAAUGUCAGGAUCUCCUGGAGGCAGAGCAAGAAGUGCAAGAGAAGUCUUGCCUUAGCUCGGAGAGGCUUUUCCAAUCCUGCUAUCUCUGUUUCUGAGAACUCUGCCCUCAGCACUAGGCAGAGACUUUGAUACUUCUGCACAGAUAAGCCUCUAAUGCUUGAACAAGCACCAGGCUCAUCCCCACAAGAAGAGCAUUUCACGCUGGCAGGAGGUCAGGCAACAUCAGCACAGCAACCGUGAAGUCCUCAGGCAGGGGCUGUUGGGCACUGCGCACAGCAAGAGCAGCCCUUUUUUCAGCUGAGCAGUAGGGCAGCACUUGGGGCCGCGCCAGGCUUUUCCCUCUGGAGGAAAAGCCGCAGGCCUUAUUGGAGGCGGCACGGACGGUGAAACAGCGCUUGUCCAGAGGGCCGCGCCACAACAUGGGGUGGCCAAACCCUGCCCUCGGGAGCCCUCUGCCGACACCGGGCUCUGGGCAGGGCCAGAGGACGAGGCCCUGAAGAGCUAACUGCAGCAUGAACCCCUAUGCAGGGCUGGUGAGCCGCCUGCGCGCUGCCUGGCUGGCGGGGAGGACCCGUCCCAUGGAGUACCGGGUCUCCCAGCUGGAGGCGCUGGGCCGCUUCCUGGAUGAGAAGAAGAAGUCCAUUAUGGACGCCUUGGCCGCAGACUUGCGCAAGCCUUGCUUUGAGGUGGAGGUUUCUGAGGUCAUCCUAUGCAAAAAUGAGCUCAACCAUGCACUGAGCAACCUGAGCAGUUGGAUGAAGGAUGAGCAUGUGGACAGGAAUCUGGUGACUCAGCUAGACAUGGCCUUCAUCCGCAAGGAUCCCUAUGGCAUGGUGCUGAUCAUCGGGCCAUGGAAUUAUCCUGUCCAGCUCAUCCUGGUGCCACUGAUUGGGGCUAUUGCUGCUGGUAACUGUGUCAUCAUCAAACCUUCUGAGGUUAGCAGCUGUGUUGAGAAGCUCAUAGCUGAGAUGUUGCCCAGCUACCUGGACAAGGACUGCUUUGCGGUGGUGACUGGUGGUGUGAAGGAGACCACAGAGCUAUUAGAGAACAGAUUUGACUACAUCUUCUUCACUGGCAACUCCAGCAUAGGCAGGAUCAUUAUGGCAGCUGCUGCCAAGCACCUGACACCAGUGACAUUGGAGUUGGGGGGCAAGAACCCCUGCUAUGUGGCUGAAGAUUGUGACCUGCAGAAUGUGGCCAACCGGGUGGCCUGGGGCCGCUUCUUCAAUGCAGGACAGACCUGCAUUGCGCCUGACUAUGUGCUCUGCAGCCAGGAGACACAGGAGAAGUUACUGCCUGCCUUGCGCCGCGCUAUCACAGAAUUCUAUGGUGCUAACCCUCAGGAAUCGCCUGACUUUGCCCGCAUUGUCAGUGACAAGCAGUUCCAACGCCUGCAGGCCCUGAUGAAUGGUGGAUGUGUGGCCAUUGGAGGGCAGACGGAUGAAAAGGAGCGGUACAUUGCCCCCACAGUGCUGGUAGACGUGUCGAUAUCAGCACCUAUCAUGCAGGAGGAAAUCUUUGGUCCCAUCCUGCCCAUUGUCACUGUGGCCAACGUGGAAGAAGCCAUCAACUUCAUCAAUGCCCGGGAACGGCCGCUGGCUGUGUAUGCCUUCUCAUCUAACAAGAAGGUAUUGAACGAAGUGCUGAAGCAGACAAGUAGUGGUGGCUUUGGAGGCAAUGACACCAUUAUGCAUAUGACAUUGAUCACGCUGCCGUUUGGUGGAAUUGGGGAAAGUGGUUUGGGGAUGUACCAUGGCAAGUUCAGCUUCGACACCUUUUCUCAUCACCGCACCUGCCUGCUGCGCUACACAGGCCUGGAGAAGUUGAAUGAAUUCCGCUACCCACCCUACACCCAGCGCAACUUGGCACUGCUGAGUUCUACCUUUGAGAUCAAGCGCAAGGGGUCCUGCACCCUGCUGUGAAGGGAGAAGUAGCCUGCCUAGCCCAGCUCAGCUCCAUGCUGCUCAUUCCACUCCCACUCUGCUCCAUUCCACGGUUGAGGGAACCUGCAGUGGGAGCUAAACAGGCAGGUUGGGGAAUUCCUGUUCUCACAAUCCCACUUGGAUAUACAUCCAGUCAGACACCCUCUUGGUAGUCAUGCCCUCAAUCAGGUUCAUCUCCUUCCAUCAUGCUGUGCCAUGUGCUCUACUCUGUCUACAUUUUUCCACUAUAGACUGCAUUAAGUUCUCCUGCCUGGUCUCCUCCUGUGGCUUCUUCACCUUCCAGGCCUCAACUCAGUUCAGCUGGCUCAGUGUGAGCUCAGGAACCAGGCCUGGUGGUUGCAUCCAAAACUGUCAGAACUGGGCCCCCUUCCACUCCCUGUUGUCACUGAGCAGCCUCUGGGUGAAGUGAAGAAAGGGACCUACAGCCAGUGCAAGGGAGCAGUGGUAGAACUGGGGGCGGGGGGGAGAGAGGGGGAAGGAUCACUGUGUCUGAGAGUGGGAGUCACCAGCAGAGCUCUCAUACUGGGGUAGCAGAAAAGCCACAGUUCAAGGUAGAAGGCAUCAGUGAGGCUGAGACAACAGAGGCUAUAGGUGGCCACAGAUUGUUUGGUCAAAUUCAAGUACUGUGUGUUAACUUUCAUGGUCUCUCCUUGAACUGGCAUACAAAAGUUCCAAAACCCACCCUUAUUUUUCACACAGACCCUUGCUUAGUGCCAUGGGGUGUGGACAGAUGUAACUAUUAAGAUAUUUUAAACUGGGUGUUUGUGACUGGGUUGAUGCAGGGAGAUUGAUCCAGGGAGGACACAGUGCUGAGCAUUGGCACCAUGUGGUGUAUGGCCAAGUGGGAAAGGAGCCCAGGUGUGCCAUGUUGCAGAUAGACCCCAUGGGUAAUGCUCACGUUUCCUCUUCUGUCCAGCAUACAUCUGUCAAACCCUUUAGCAGUGACUGAUCCAGGCACAUUUCAAGCAGAGUGGCCUUACUGUUCCUGGUUUAGCCCCACUGUACUCUCCUCCCCCCAGUUUCACAGGAAGAAGUUUGUGCUCUCUGAGUUUUCUUUCUCACUGGUUUAAGAAGAAAUGGGUAAUACGUGAGACUGUUCUGUGCCAAUGUGGGUAGUGUGUCAUGUAUUUCUGGGACAUGUUUGAUAUUUCAUAUUUCACUCUUGGUCCAUCACAAACACUUACUGUUACCUCACUCACUCCAGUCACAAAUACUUUUUCACCUUUGCUUCCCCUCAUUGCUAAGUUCCCUCCCCAUCAUCCUGUCCUGUGACAACCUAGUCACAAACACCCUCUCUUAGUUACCUCCUAUAUCCUCCUGCCUGCCAAGUCACAAGUGCUAUCACCUUGCACUCUCCUUGGGCACGAACUCCCUGUUGCCUCACCUGUACCCCAGUCAUGAACAUGUGUUGCCUUCACAAUUCCCACCUUCUGAACCUUUGCUUCACUUGUCACCCUGCCUAAACGUGUCUGUCACCAUCUUACAACCCCGAUCACCUAUCCCCCAUCCAGUCAUAAACACCCCUGUUAUGUCACCCUUCCCCUCUGCUAUUUGUCACAACCCCUACUCCUUUGCCUCCACCAUUCCUCACCCAGGCAAAAAGCACCACUUCCUCGUUUCUGCACUCCACCUGGUCAUGUAUACCCUGUCAUCCCACUCACACUUCACCUAGUUCCAAACACACUGGUUUACAUCACUAUCCCAAUCUGGCAGGACAAAAGUAUCCCUGUUUGCUUCACCCAUUACCCUACCCACUCAUGUCCCCCACCAAGUCACAGAUACACUUCCUCAUCAUCUCUUUAUUACCCUGAGGCUGUUACAAAUAUCUUGCCAUCCUCCCUGUCCAGUAAUAACUUUCCCUUUGCUUAAUCCAUGCUGAAAAGUCACAACACAUGUUGCCUCUACUAUCCCAUCCCUUCUGCCAGAAAUAUCUAUCUUUUCCUCAUCCCCUCUUCUGACAACACAGUCACAAAGACUCCUCUAUUGUCAUCUCACACAUCAACCCCAUCUGCCCAGUGGCAGACAACCCCUUUGGCCUCCUCCAUAUGCCUGCUUGCUAGCAAAUGCCUAUAUUAUCACCCUCAACUCAUCACCAGAAAAUCGCCCAUUUUUCCUCUGUACGCUCUGCUCUGCUGUGUCACAAAUACUGCAGUGCCAUGGUUUUUUUUUUUAACUGAUUAAACAAUUUAUUCAUAGGUUGGAUGUAAUUGCUACACUUUCUAUAAAUCUGACUAAUAUUUAAACCAUUUAAGGGUAUAACGCAUGUUAUUGCCUUCAGUAUUGCAUUUUGAAUUGCCAAGUUUUACAAUCAAUUUUACCAUGCAGUGGAUUUCCAGGGAUUAUUGCCCUGUAAGGUGCAGGAUCUCAUCUUGUAGGUAUUUUGAUGGUUGUUGUGGAAUAUUGUGUGGAAAUUUAGAUUUAAGAAACUAGCUCCCAAAAUUCUUGUGCAAUUAGCCAUGACCCUGUAUGAUUGAACUUUAUUAUUAAGGUGUAUAUAUUUUCACCUGUACUAGAGAGAGCAUGGAAGGGUACAUCGAACCAAAAAUAAAACUGUAUUGCUGUGACUUUGGAACACCAGGCAUCCUCCAUGGGACAGGGAUUAACUGCAGUAAUUAAUGUAAUGUAUUGACUUCCAUGUGCAUGCAUCUCUUUCUGCCUACCAUAAAUGUCCAAUUUUUCAGUGUUUAUAGAGAUUUUUCUGAGUCAUACUUACUAUAUCUCCUUGUUUUCUUUCUGAGUAGGUCCAAACUGCACCUAAUUGUAUUCCAUUAGGACUGAUUAUGCAUGCUCCAUUUGUACGUCCUGGUUUUUUUAUUGUGUUCCACUCUUUUUUGCUGCUGGCCCAUCUUUGGGUCUGUGUUUUGUUAUGUUGGGGGCGGGUUGUGUCUCUCGUUUUCCAUUCAGCGGUGAUCCCUAUAGCCAAUAUAAGAAGCACUAUUAAGCACUGCAUAUUUUGGGUCUGAAAAAGAACAGAAACAAAACAAAACACUUCUCACUUGUUAGAUGAGUUGUCUCCUUUCCAUACUUUGUUGUGAUGAAUGAAAUGAUUUGCAUACAGGCCCCUUUUUCUUUUUUCCAGUCAGCACUUGAUACACUCAGGGGCUUGCCUUGUCCAGUGUUUCAUACGGACCUUCCCAUGUACUGGCUAAUAUAUGUUGUUUUUCUUUGAGGCACUUUACCGUUACUCUGUCCCCAAUUUGCUACUCACAGGGAUAGGAUGGGCCUAAACUAUCUGUCCAUUUUUUUAAUGUUUAGCCCUGUUUAGUUAGCAGUUUGUUUAUUAACUUCAUUAAGGUGUUGCACUAACUGAAUUACCCGUUUAUCUGUUGAGACUUGGGGUUGCUAUUCAUCAGGAACUGCGGAGAACAAGGCCUCUGGCAUUCACGUUCAGUCAUUGCCAGGUGGGGACUUAUCCCAUGUGACACUGUGGCUGCUAUUAGGGUCAUCAGGACAAGCUUAACAUCCCAGUCCUUACCAGUAGAAAUUAUUGCUUUUCUUAGGGUCUCUUUGAUGGUUCAGUUCUUUCCACUAACCCUGAAAUUUGGGUAUGAUGUGCAAUCUGCAGCUUUUGUUUAAUUUUGUAUACCUGGCAAAAUGUGAUCAUAAUAGUUUACAAAACUACUUCCUGGCCACAACUACAUGAGACGUUGACUGCACAGUAGCCCAGUACUACUGCACAGUUAUGUCAUAUGGCAACCACAGUGAUGCAACACU